GUGUAUGUGUGUGUGUGCGCGCAAAAACAGCGCACGCAUCUGAUCGCGCACACUCACGCACAGUCAGAGCCGGACGCCACGGAUCCCGAGUGCGCUUCACUCCUGGAUUUUACCGGAUUUUCUCCACUUUUCCCCCCGUUUUUUCCGCGCGGAUCAAACUCUCGAGCUGAAGCCACCGCGCGGAGUUUCUCUGGAUGUUACGCUCGCGGGCACGCGCUGGUUUCGGGCACCGUUCUGGACACGUUGAUGGAUGUUUGGCACACGGACUGAUGGAUUUGACAUUAUGGGAGUCUAUCUGUAGGCUGUCAGAUGAGCAUUGCUGUGUGGUCUGGAGUUGCUGAUCGUGUCUUAUGGAUCUCCAUGGUCAGCGUGGGCAUGCGGACCCCGGGGCCGUCCUGUCCCUGGACCAAAUCAAAGCCAUCCGCAGUAGCAACGAGUACACCGAGGGCCCGGCUGUCCCCCGCAGACCUGCCCUGGGACCCCCGCCGCCACCGCGCCAUGCACACAAACACGAGAGGACUCAUGAAGUGAUCCUGGUGAACGUCAAUAAUAAUUACGAGCCGCAAUCCUCGUUAUUAGUGCGUCCGCCGGGCCUCAGCAGAUCCACCAGCACCGGGAGCUCCGAGAGCAGCAGCAGUGCAGGAUCAGAGCUGGGUUUACUCUCCGGAACACCACAGAAUCACAGAAACACCGUACGGACUCAGCCCAAAUCUCUGAACUCUGCUUUCCUGCCGCCGGACGCUCCCCUGAAACAGAUGCAUGUGGAUAACAGAGACUCUACGCAUCUGUACAUCUGCGAGAGCUGCGGGAAGUGUAAAUGCAGCGAGUGCACGGCACCGCGGGUGCUGCCGGCGCGGCUCGCAUGCAACGGAUUGUGCUUGUGUUCGGCAGAGAACAUCAUAGAGCAGGGCACAUGCAUGUGUUUGGUGAAGGGGCUUUUUUAUCAUUGCUCCAAGGACGAUGAUGAUGUUGGAGACGCCUGCGCUGACAGGCCGUGUUCCUUAUCGCAUCCGCAGUGCUGCUCGCGGUUUCUGUGCAUGGGCCUGAUGGCGGCGCUGUUUCCCUGCCUGCUGUGCUAUCUGCCGGCUAAAGGCUGCGUUAAAGCCUGCAACUCGUGUCAUGAUCGGCUGACGCGGCCCGGCUGCCGCUGCAAGAACUCCAACACUGUUUACUGCAAACUGCAGAGCUGGAACCAGACGCCGGGACACACACCGGGGAAACCGUCCUGAGGCCCGAACUGAUGAUGUAUGGAGAGUAAAAUGAGUAUUGGUGACACAUCAGGAUUUCUCUCAAGCAAAAACAUAUGAAGAGUUCAUAAAUGCCAUCAGACUAAAAUGAGCAUUUGGCUCAGCCUCCGAUGUUUAUGUUUGGUUAUUCAUCAGCAUGAAAUGGAAGUUUUUCCACUAUCGUGAUGUGCGUCCAAUUGAAAGCGUCUUGAAAUGAGAAAAUAAUAUAAGGUGGUGAAUUAUUUCAUCCUUUGGGAUCCGAUUGGAUUAUUGGAAGAUGGCUGUUGUGAAACAUAAUUUAGAAAGACUGAUGAAUGGAUAAAAGUAAGACAGAAACUAGACACGCCCUGAUAGCUCCGCCCUAAAGGACUGAAAACCCCACCCUAAAGUUCAGAUAGCCCCGCCUUAAAGAACUGAUAGCCAGGCCUUAAAGUACUGAAAGCCCUACCCUAAAGUACCGAUAGUCCUGCCCUAAAUAACUGGAUUAUUGGAAGAUGGCUGUUGUGAAACAAAAUUUAGGAAGACGAAGAUAGAUGAAUGGAUGAAAGCAGGACAGAAAAUAGACAUGCCCCUGAUAGCCCUGCCCUAAAGGACUGAAAACCCCACCCUAAAGUUCAGAUAGCCCCGCCCUAAAUAACUGAUAGCCCUGCCUUGAAGAACUGAUAGCCAGGCCUUAAAGUACUGAAAACCCUACCCUAAGGUACCGAUAGUCCCGCCCUAAAUAACUGAAAGCCCCGCCCCAAAAGACUUAUAGCCCCGCUCUAAAGGAUCGAUAUCCUCGCCCUGAAGGACUAAUAGCUCUGCCCUUAAGUAUUGAUAGCCCCACCCUAAAGGACUGAUAGUCCCGCCCUAAAGUAUUGAUAUCCCCGCCCCAAAGGACAGAUAGUCCCGCCCUAAAGGUUUGAUAGCCUUGCCCUAAAGGACUGAUUGCCCUGCCUUAAAUGACUGAAAGCCCCACCUUAAAGUACCGAUAGCCACGCCUUAAAUAGCUGACAGCCCCGCCCCAAAAGACUGAUAAAACCCUCUGUGAAGGAUUAAUAUCCCCGCCCUGAAGGAGUAAUAGUCCUGCCCUAAGGGAUUGAAAUCCCCGCCCUAAUGGACUAAUAGCUCUGCUGUAAAUGAUUGAUAGCCCCGCCCUAACGUACUGGUAGCUCCACCCCAAAGUACUGAUAGCUCCACCCUAAAGCACCAAUUCUUUGGCAUUAAGUGAAUUAACUGAACAUAAACAGACGAGGCUGAAAUGCUACUUUUAGAAGAUUUCAGAGGACACUUCAGAGGCUUUUGCAUCUGAACUCAGAUUUCUAAAGGUGCUGAUGAAAUGAAAUUGUCAGUAGAUGCCAGUAACACCUAAAGUAAUCCAAACACACAAAGGAAACACACGUCAAUAGUUUAGGAAUUUAGAUGUGUGUGAUCAAAUGAAAUGACACAAGGGAAAAGUAUUGAACAGAUGAGUAUAAGGGCUUUCUCAGCUGAUAUCAGAAAAGAAAAUAAAGCUGCUAGAAGAGUUAUGGGGGGAAAUAGUUGAAUUAUAGGAGACAAAUCACACCUGAGGAAUGUAUGCAGCUCCGUUCUCUAUAUGAUUAAGGAUUAAAUACAGGGGCAACACCAUGGCUCGGUGGUUAGUACUGUCACCUAACAGCAAGAAUGUCGCUAGUUCGAGUCCCGGCUGGGUCAGUUGUCAUUUUCUGAGUGGAGUUUGCAUGUUCUCCCCGUGUUGGUGUGGGUUUCCUCUGGGUGCUCCAGUUUCCCCCACAGUCCAAACACAUGCGCUAUAGGGGAAUUGAUCAACUAAAUUGGCUGUAGUGUAUGAGUGUGUGUGUGAAGUGAGUGUGUUUGAGUGUUUCCCAGUACUGGGUUGCAGCUGGAAGGGCAUCUACUGUGUAAAACAUAUGCUGGAAUAGUUGUCGGUUCCUUCCUCAGUGGCGACCCCUGAUAAAUAAGGGACUAAGCUGAAGGAAAAUGAAUGAAAAUAUGAAACAGAUGUCAGUACCUUCUCCUUGUGUCAAUGCAUUGCUAUUACACAUAUUUCUGAGUUUAGUUUCAUCAGAAUGUUUGGAUUGUUAUGUAAAAUCUGGGUCAUUUUCUAACGACUCUUAUAAGGUAAAAUCCGGACAUGUUCAAUACUUGUUUUACCCGCUGUAUAUCGCCAAAUGUAUCUCUAGCUGAGGGAAGCUGCUGCAGGAUGCCGAAACAGGAAACAUGCCUAUAAUAGGAGAUAUGCUAAUGAGCACCACAUAAGCCCCGCCCCCUCUCCGGAUGGAGGUUUAUUUAGUGAAGCGGCGUUCGCCUCACCUGACUGUGCGCAGCUACUGUCUGACAGCAGAGAGUUCAGCGACGGUGCUUUGAUGGAAACCAAACCUGUGAAGGACUUGAUGCCAGAUCUCUGUAGCAGGACGGGGGGAGCUCUGACAGAUCAGCGGCAGCCGUUGUGUUCAUAUAGAGAUGUGCGUUCAGAUGCAGAAGAGGAAUUUAGGCCUAUUUUUUGAAAAGCAAAUGUUUAAGACUGCUAAAUCUUUUCUUCUCGUUGUCGAUGUUGUUGUACAAAGAUAUUUAUUAUGUGAAGCUCUAUUAUUUUAUGAUAUUUAUUGCAAAGGACAGAUUUACUCAUGUCUGAAUAUAACAAGAUAUCAACACUUACUGCAGCGUGAGCGAACCGAUGGAAACAUGUUAACUUUAAUGCAAAAUAUACAAAUUAAUGCAAAAAACCUGCGUGUGUUGC